UUAAUGUCUAAAUGUAAUCGUUAAUAUUAAUUGUGUAUUUUAUUUACAGGAUCAUGGCCACAGAUCCGACGUCUCCUCCACAGUCCGAUGGUCAAUCAGAGGCGACUUCCAAGAGGAGUAGAACAACGACACGGCUGAGAACAUUGACAUUAAGAACCGUGGAUCAGCCCAGACCGGCUGUUUAUGUGGAUCCCGCUACCGGGAGAGCAUCCGGACCGAUGCGUGAAAAGUUCCACAGCUACCUAGGCGUAGUGGCGCGAGAAAAGGUUCCCAUUAUCCACAAUAAUUGGAAAGACGUACCUGAAACGCUAAAGGAGAUUGUGUGGAAUGACAUUCUAGCAAAGUUUGAUAUCGCAGAAGCUACGAAGGUGAAGACGAAGGUUAUGUCAACAGUAGCGACGAGAUGGCGGCAAUUUAAGUCCACAUUGACUAGCAAAUUUGUGUUUGCUAAGACUGAAGGUCAACAAACACAGGAUGUUGUGACAAAAUAUGGACUAGAUCCUGAAGCGUGGAAACAAUUUGAAGAAACCCGCCUGACACCUAACUGGGAGGGUAUUAGGAAACGAGCACAAUCAAUUCAAAAACCAACGACUGCCCUCACGCAUGUUAAGUGGAAGGUUGCUCGGACCAGGGCUGUUGGCAAUAUGACAUCUGACUCUGCACAGGAAAUUGCAGAUAAAAUAGACUCCUUAGAAGAGCAGGUAACGCAGGGUUUGUUUGUACCCCAUGGUCGGCAAGACAUACUGAACACUGCCAUUGGACGACCUGACCAUAGGGGUCGCGUUCGGGCAGCAGGCUCAGGUGUCACUAUUACUCAGUACUACGGAAGGGCAUCAAGGACAUGCAGCAGCUCGUCCACGUCCAUCAGCCACAACAACUAG